AUGGUGAAGGAGCAGUUUAGAGAGACAGAUGUGGCCAAGAAAAUAAGCCACAUCUGCUUUGGGAUGAAAUCGGCUGAACAGAUGCGUCAGCAGGCCCACAUCCAGGUGGUCAGCAAGAAUCUGUACAGCCAAGACACCAAACACACUCCUCUAGCCUACGGAGUGCUGGACCACCGCAUGGGCACCAGUGAGAAAGACAGGCCGUGUUUGACAUGUGGGAAGAAUCUGGCAGAUUGCUUGGGACAUUAUGGCUACUUGGAUCUGGAGCUGCCGUGUUUUCAUGUCGGCUAUUUUAAAGCCACAAUAGGAAUCUUACAGAUGAUUUGUAAGACAUGCUCAAGCAUAAUGCUGACGAAAGAAGAGAAACUGCAGUUCAUGGAUUUCUUGAAAAGGCCAAAUCUGCCCUACCUGCAGAAACGAGGGUUGAAAAAGAAGAUCUCCGAUAAAUGUCGCAAAAGGACAAUCUGUCUGAAUUGUUCAGCUUUCAAUGGGCCAGUGAAGAAGUGUGGUCUUCUUAAGAUCAUCCACGAGAAGUAUAAAACAACCAAGAAGGUGGUGGAGGCCUUUGUGUCAGAGUUUCUCCAGUCCUUUGACACUGCGAUUGAGCACAACAAAGUGGUGGAACCGUUGCUGACCAAAGCACAGGAAAACCUGAACCCUCUUGUGGUGCUGAACAUGUUCAAGAGGAUUGCUCAAGAAGACAUCCCCUUGCUGCUGAUGAACCCGGAGGCAGGGAAGCCUGCAGACCUCAUUCUCACCCGCCUCCUGGUGCCGCCGCUCUGCAUACGACCCUCUGUGGUCAGCGACCUGAAGUCGGGCACCAACGAGGAUGACCUCACCAUGAAGCUCACAGAGAUAAUCUUCCUUAACGAUGUCAUCAAAAAGCAUCGUAUGACCGGGGCGAAGACACAGAUGAUCAUGGAGGACUGGGACUUCCUCCAGCUGCAGUGUGCUCUUUACAUCAACAGCGAGCUUUCUGGCAUCCCGCUCAACAUGGCACCUAAGAAGUGGACCAGAGGCUUCGUGCAGAGACUCAAGGGGAAGCAAGGUAGAUUCAGAGGAAACCUCUCUGGGAAAAGAGUGGACUUCUCCGGCAGAACUGUAAUUUCCCCCGACCCAAACCUGAGGAUCGACGAGGUGGCCGUCCCCGUGCAUGUGGCUAAAAUCCUCACGUACCCAGAGAAGGUGAACAAAGCCAAUUUGGAGCUAAUGAGGAAACUGGUCCGCAACGGUCCUGAGCUUCAUCCCGGAGCCAACUUUAUCCAGAAUCGUCACACGCAGAUGAAAAGGUUCUUGAAAUAUGGAAACCGUGAGAAGAUCGCUCAGGAGCUGAGGUUUGGCGAUGUGGUGGAAAGGCACAUGAUAGACGGAGACAUCGUCCUUUUCAAUCGACAGCCCUCCCUGCACAAACUCAGCAUCAUGGCCCACAUCGCCAGAGUCAAACCUCACAGGACGUUUCGGUUCAACGAAUGUGUGUGCACGCCGUACAAUGCCGACUUCGACGGCGACGAGAUGAACCUCCAUCUACCUCAGACGGAAGAAGCCAAAGCCGAGGCCCUCGUCCUGAUGGGGACAAAAGCAAAUCUCGUCACGCCGAGAAAUGGCGAACCUCUGAUUGCUGCCAUUCAGGACUUUCUGACAGGCGCUUACCUCUUGACGCUGAAGGACACCUUCUUCGAAAGAGCAAAAGCCUGUCAGAUAGUCGCGUCAAUCCUUGUGGGCCAAGAUGAAAGAGUCAAGGUCUCUCUCCCCCGCCCGGCUAUCAUGAAGCCGAUGGCUCUGUGGUCGGGCAAACAGAUCUUCAGCCUCAUUCUGAAGCCAAAUAAGGAUUGUCCAGUCAAGGCCAACCUGCGGACCAAGGGCAAGCAGUACUGUGGCAAGGGAGAGGAUCUGUGUUCCAACGACUCGUUCGUGGUGAUCCACAACAGUGAGCUGAUGUGUGGUUCUCUGGACAAGGGCACCUUGGGCUCCGGCUCCAAGAACAACAUCUUCUACAUCCUGCUGAGAGACUGGGGACAGCUGGAGGCGGCGAACGCCAUGUCUCGCCUGGCGAGACUCGCUCCGGUGUAUCUCUCCAACCGCGGUUUUUCCAUUGGCAUUGGUGACGUGACACCCGGCCAGGGUCUGCUGAAGGCCAAACACGACCUGCUGGACGAGGGUUACAAAAAGUGCGACGAGUACAUCGAAGCUCUAGACACCGGCAAGCUGCAGCAGCAGCCGGGAUGCACAGCGGAGGAGACUCUGGAGGCGCUCAUCUUGAAAGAGCUGUCCGUCAUCAGAGAUCGAGCCGGUAGCGCCUGCCUCCGGGAGCUCGACAAGAGCAACAGCCCCCUCGUCAUGGCUCUGUGCGGCUCGAAGGGGUCUUUCAUUAACAUCUCCCAGAUGAUUGCCUGUGUGGGCCAGCAGGCCAUAAGUGGCUCUCGAGUACCCAAUGGAUUUGAGAAUCGCUCCCUACCUCAUUUUGAAAAGCACUCAAAACUGCCUGCUGCUAAAGGCUUUGUGGCCGACAGCUUCUACUCUGGCCUGACACCCACCGAGUUCUUCUUCCACACUAUGGCCGGUCGGGAGGGUCUGGUGGAUACUGCAGUGAAAACUGCAGAGACGGGAUAUAUGCAGAGGCGUCUGGUUAAGUCCCUGGAGGAUUUGUGCUCGCAGUACGACCUGACCGUACGCAGCUCCACCGGCGACAUCAUCCAGUUCAUUUAUGGGGGGGACGGUCUGGAUCCAGCUGACAUGGAGGGAAAGGAUGAGCCGCUGGAGUUUAGUAGAGUCCUCGACAACAUCCGGGCGAUACACGUGUGUUCGGACGAGCCUGCGCUCAGUCAAAACGAGCUGGUCCUCACAGCCGAUGCCAUCACCAAGAGAGUGGACUUCUUGUGCUGCAAAGACAUCUUCUUGGAGGCGUUAACUGACACAGGCUCAGAGAAAUACCUGGAGGAGAUGAAGAAAUUCAUCAAGAGCAUCUCAGAAAAGAUCAAGAAGACCAGAGACAAGUACGGCAUCAACGACAACGGCACCAGCGAGCCAAAAGUUCUCUAUCAGCUGGACCGCAUAACCCCCACGCAGCUGGAGAAGUUUCUUGAAACAUGCAGAGACAAGUACAUGAGGGCGCAGAUGGAGCCGGGCUCGGCGGUCGGGGCUCUGUGUGCCCAGAGCAUCGGGGAGCCCGGUACUCAGAUGACCCUGAAAACCUUCCACUUUGCCGGUGUGGCGUCCAUGAACAUCACCCUGGGAGUGCCUCGCAUCAAAGAGAUCAUCAACGCCUCCAAGAACAUCAGCACCCCCAUUAUCACGGCUCAUCUGGAUGUGGAAGACGACGCUGACUUCGGCCGGCUGGUGAAGGGAAGGAUUGAGAAGACUCUUCUCGGAGAGAUUUCUGAGUACAUAGAGGAGGUCUUUCUACCGGACGAUUGUUUCAUCUUGGUGAAGUUGUCCCUGGAGAGAAUAAGGCUGCUGCGGCUGGAGGUAAAUGCAGAAACGGUGCGUUACUCCAUCUGCAUGUCGAAGCUACGGGUGAAACCCGGAGACAUCGCUGUGCACGGCGAGGCGGUGGUGUGCGUGUCCCCGCGAGAGAACAACAAAAGCUCCAUGUACUACGUGCUGCAGUCUUUGAAACAGGAACUUCCUAAGGUGGUGGUUCAAGGAAUACCUGAGGUUUCCCGAGCCGUCAUUCACAUUGACGAACAGAGCACUAAGACCAUUUAUAAACUGCUGGUGGAGGGGGACAACCUGAGGGCUGUCAUGGCAACGCACGGCGUGAACGGAAGCAGGACCACUUCGAACAAUACAUACGAGGUUGAGAAGACGUUGGGUAUUGAGGCGGCGAGAUCCACCAUCAUCAAUGAGAUCCAGUACACCAUGGUGAACCAUGGAAUGAGCAUCGACCGGCGCCAUGUCAUGCUUCUAGCAGAUCUCAUGUCUUACAAGGGGGAAAUACUGGGAAUUACCCGGUUCGGUUUAGCCAAAAUGAAGGAGAGUGUCCUGAUGCUGGCCUCCUUUGAGAAAACAGCCGACCACCUCUUCGAUGCCGCCUACUUUGGACAGAAGGACUCCGUCUGCGGUGUGUCUGAGUGCAUCAUUAUGGGGAUUCCAAUGAACAUCGGGACGGGACUGUUUAAACUGCUGCACAAGGCCGACAGGGAUCCCACUCCAGUGAAGAGGCCUCUCCUCUUCGACAGCGCAGACUUCCACAUACCUCUGAUCACAUAGCAGCAGAGAAGCAACAUUGGUUUUGUUUUUGUUUUCUUCAGCAAAUACAGGAAGUGCCUGCCAGAUUAUCAGAUUAAAUCCUCCGAACACAAGAUAUCAGUAUUUUUGUUUUUUGGGAAGGACGUCCAUGCUGAUGUCGCAAUGCGUGAGGUCAUUUAUUUUGAAAAGCUUAAACGGUUAGCACGGAGAAGUAGUCAACGUCACAUGCUUUGAUGUUCUUUUUGGGGCUUUUUUCCUUGUUUGAAAAAUGUGUGUUUUUCUCUGUUAUUAAGAUGUUACAUGAUAUCAUACUCACUCAUGGCACUGAAGAGGUGCGGAGAAGACUUGGAGAUGACCUCUCGAUCAUACAGCAGGCUGCUUCUCUUCUGGGUUGAUACUUAUUUUGCAUUAAACUCCAAACUGCUUGUUUUUUGUUUUAGUUUGGCAGCUUCGAGAUAUUGCAAAAUGAAAUCCAGGUUGUCUUUUCUUAAUAGAAAAAAAAAUCAUUUUCAUACACGAAUCGGAUCAUUAGGAUUCAUUGGCGUGGACAUUUUGCUUCCUGUUAAGGCCUGUUCAUGUAAUAAUGUAAUAUUGUAUAUAAUGUAAUAAAAUAUCGAUCCGGGAACACCUGGAAACGUA